AUGAAAAAGUUGGGGGAAUCUUUCAAAACGUCACCUCGGCGACAUUUGGAUGACUACUUCAAGCUCUGGUCGCAUGGAAAAGAAACAUUUGACGAUCUUAUGAUGUUCCUAAGCGAAAUGGAUGCAAAAGUCGAAUUAACAAUGGAUGUGGAGGAGAACGGACACUUACUUUUCUUGGAUGCGGAGGUCAUUCGUUCCGAGGAGAACGCUGUUCAGAAAGAAAUCACAUACAGGAAUAAGCCUUACCUGCAGAAAAACUGGGUUUCGAAGAGUCACCGGAAGCUGUGA